UUUUUUUUUUUUUUUUUUUGGUCAGAUGGAUCCAACCGUGCACUCGUGUUACGAGCCAACCACUGGCACAUGGCAGUACAUCGUCGCAUGUCCCUCCACCAAAGAGGCGGCCAUUAUCGACCCGGUUUUGGACUUCGACCCGGUCUCGUUGACAAUAAGCACGGCGUCCGCCGACUCAUUGCUUGACCUCGUCGCUCAGCAGGGCUACACCGUCCGGUAUUUGUUGGAGACGCAUGCCCACGCGGAUCAUCUCACUGCGUCCUUCUAUCUCCAACAGAAGAUCCUUGCGUCGGGACAGCCGCGACCCUCGAUCGGCAUUGGUCAGCGCAUUCGCCUCGUGCAGGACACCUUUGCCCCAAAAUACAACGUCCCCGCCGAGGACCUGGACGCUGCCUUCGAUCGUCUCCUGGCGGACGGCGAGCGCUUCUCCGUCGGUGACGUCGUGGUCGCCGUGCUCGCUCUGCCGGGCCACACGCCGGACCAUGUUGGGUAUCGCAUCGGGGCCAACGUCUUCACGGGGGACUCCAUCUUCAAUCCGGACGUGGGCAGCGCACGCUGUGACUUUCCGGGCGGCGACGCGCGCACGCUCUACCGGUCGAUGCAGACCCUGCUCUCUCUUCCGCCCGAGUACAGGCUGUACACGGGCCAUGACUACCCUCCGACCGCGGAUGGCGACCAGAAACGCGAUCCCCUGCCGUAUGUCACCGUGGCGGAGCAGAGGGAGCGCAAUCGACAUGCCAAAGACGGCAGCACGGAGGACGCGUUUGUGCGAUGGCGAUCAGAGCGCGACCAAGGGCUGCGGGAGCCCAGGUUGAUGCACCAGGCGAUGCAGGUGAACAUCCGGGGGGGACGCAUGGCGAAGGAUGCACCGCUGAGAUUCCCCGUGGGCGUGUGAGUUGGAGGAUCGAAGUAUAGGGAGUGUAGGCAUGGAGGCUUGGCAUCAAAGACGGGAAAUUGGAGGCUGAUCGGGGUCUUUGCUGACGUUCCUCCCCGACUGCUGGUCGCCGAAUCGGGGAUCUCGGGAUCGAUGGGGAUCAGAAAAUCGUUCCAUGGAAUGAAUCGCCUCUGGAUUCAUCCCCACGCUGUCUUCUUCUCUUCGCUGCUGUCCAUAAUAAAAGAUGACGAUCCUCCCGUGGCCUCCUCCGUCGCCCGUAGAGUGGUCUCUCGCCUAUCCCAAGCCCAACCAUGCAGAACACCUCCAGAUCCUCGCCCCGUCAGCCCUCGUCGCUGGCAUGCGUCCCCUGCCGGCGACGACACCUGAAAUGUGACUCGCUCAUGCCCGUUUGUAGUCGCUGUCAGACCUCGGAUCUCGAGUGUCGCUAUGUGCGCUCCCGUCGGGGGAUGCGCAGCAAACCGGACA